CAAUUGGCCCUGCCACCGAGGCCGCGGUCACGUGAAGCCCCUCUUCUGCCCUUCCUCCUCUUUCCCCACUCCCCACUCCCCCCCAACAGACCAAAUUUCCCCUCCGCUCGUCUCCGCCAUGCCUGGACUCUCCUGACCUAGCUAGCCGUGCCGUGCCGUGCCGUGCCCCACAACCCCUCCGCCCCUCUCGCGCGCGUCGCCGCCGUCGCCAUUACUCUUCUCCCUUUUCGCGGCAUCGCGUGCCUCCACCCCGUCCGCAACCUCCGCCCGUUGGUUGGGUUUGGAGGUAACUUGGAGCCUCCAGCCUCCGCGGGCCGCCGAAGAUGGGCUUCAUGGGGGCGAAGCUGUUCCCGUCGUGCGAGAGCAUGUGCGUCUGCUGCCCGGCGCUGCGCCCGAGCUCCCGCCGCCCCGUCAAGCGGUACAAGAAGCUGCUCGCUGAGAUAUUCCCCAAGACGCCUGAGGGUCCACCAAAUGAGAGGAAAAUCAUGAAGUUAUGCGAGUAUGCUGCCAAGAAUCCCCUGCGCAUUCCAAAGAUUGCCAAGUUUCUGGAACAGAGGAGUCGCAAGGAACUGCGUGCUGCUCAUUUGAACUAUGUCAAGAUAAUCACUGAAGCAUACAGCAAGCUACUCUUCAUUUGUAAGGAGCAGAUGGCAUAUUUUGCCAUCAGCCUGGUGAACGUCCUCACCGACCUUCUGGAAAGCAAGCAGGAGGACAUUCAUAUCCUUGGAUGUCAAACUUUCGCGAGGUUUAUUUACAGCCAGGUAGACAACACAUAUGCACGGAAUAUUGAGAGCUUGGCCCACAAAGUGUGCACACUUUCACGGCAACAGGGAGUGGAGCAUAGUCUUCUGCGGGCAGCAAGCCUACAGUGUCUCUCAGCAAUGAUCUGGUUUAUGAAGGAACAUUCAUACAUAUUUGCUGAUUUUGAUGAGAUGGUGCAGUCGGUCUUGGAAAAUUAUAGGAUGGAUGGAACUGCUGGUGGUGAUGAUGACAGACAUGCAUCACAGCAUAACUGGGUUGAUGAAAUAGUCAGGCGUGAGGGAAGAGCUGGUUUAGGUGGAGGUAAUGAUGUAAAUUUCUGUAGUGCAACAACUACUAGACUGCGAUCAGCAAGGGACUCUUCAGCACUGACCAGGGAGGAGCGCGAAUCUCCAGAAGUAUGGUCCCAUAUUUGUGUUCAGAAGCUUGCAGAACUGGCCAAAGAGAGUACAACUAUGCGACGCAUCCUUGAUCCAAUGUUUUCUUACUUUGAUAUGAAGAAACAAUGGGCUCCUCGGCAUGGAUUAGCUUUGCUUGUCAUGUCUGAUAUGUCUUAUCUAGAGAAGAGUUCAGGCAACGAACAAUUGAUUUUGACUGCUGUCAUCCGUCAUCUGGACCACAAGAAUAUUUUGCAUUGUCCUCAGACUAAAUCUGAUAUUAUUCAGACAGCAACAUCUUUGGCACGACAGCUGCGAUCACGAGGAGUUGCUCCUGAACUUGCAGUAACAGGUGACUUGUGCAGGCACUUGAGGAAAACACUAGAGGCCAUGGAGUCAGCCAGUGUUCAAGAGCUGAGCUUGAAUGAGUCUCUUCAAAAUUUCCUGGAGGGCUGUCUUGUUGAAGUCGUAAGAGGAGUUAAAGAUGUGCGGCCACUUUAUGACAUGAUGGCAAUUACAUUGGAGAAUUUGCCUUCUAUUCCUGCUGUUGCUAGAGCAACUAUUGGAAGUUCGCUGAUACUUUGCCACAUAAUCUCUUUGACAUCAGUAUCUUCGGACGCUCCUAUGCAGGUGUUUCCGGAAGCACUCCUCCAGCAGAUAUUGAGAUCCAUGGUACAUCCAGAUGCAGACACUCGUGUGGGGGCGCACCACAUAUUUUCUGCUGUAAUUGUCCGAGGCCCAAGCCAUCAGAGGGGUGAUUCAGAGUACCUAUUUGCAACAAAAAAGUGUCAAUCUCGAUCACCGUCAGUGUUUGCUUCAGCUACUGCUCUACUUGAGAAGUUAAGGAGAGAGAAAGAAUGCUUAGGUUCAGAUAAGCCUGGACAUAUGAUGCAUGAUGAUGGGAAGGAAAGAAACACCCAUGAAGAGGAUAAUAAGCAUGUUUGGGCACGAAAAAGCCCGGCUUAUUUUUCAAAGUUGGUCUUCUCUUUCGUCGAUCGAUGGGCAACACUAGCUAGUUCUGCUGAGGAAACCAAAAUCGUCCUGUUAACUGAAGAUCAAACAAAUCAAUUGCUGUCUGCGUUUUGGAUACAGGCCAAUCAGACCGAUAACACUCCUUUUAAUUAUGAGGCCAUUGGUCAUUCAUACAGCCUCACAGUUCUUUCUUCCCGCCUUAAGAAUUCAAGCAACAGUAAUAACAUUCAGUUCUUCCAGUUGCCUCUGUCCCUCCGAAGUAUUGCUUUAACUCCAAGUGCAGGCCUGCCCCCUUCUUGCCAACGGUCUAUUUUUUCCUUAGCAACGAGUAUGCUGGCUUUUGCUGGAAAAGUCUGUCAUAUUGUUGAAUUGGCAGAGUUGCUAAGGUGUUUUACCUCAUCCAAUAUUGAUUCUUAUCUAAGAAUUGGUGAAGAUUUGCAACUCUAUGUAAGGUUGCAAUCGGAUCUUGGCAGCUAUGGCUCUGAAAGUGAUCAAGACAUUGCUAGGUCUGUACUUUCUGAUUGCAGAAAGAAAGUGGGGAUAAAUGAUCAUCGAGUGCUUGAUGUGAUUGCCUGUGCACUUUCAAAUUUAACAGAGAUGGACAAGGAUGCAUUGGCGAAGGAGCUCACAGAGAUGUUUACUCCUGAAGAAGUUCCCUUGUUUGGUUCAAAUUCAGUCCUUGACUGGGCCAACUUUCACGCGCAGGCAUUUUCCGAUGAAUCCCUUUCUUUUGAUGAGGAGUGUUCAAGAACAUCUUCGGUAGAUGGUGGAUUGCAUGACUCACCAAUUACAAAUACUGCUAGCUCCACAUCCAAGAUUACGCUUCCUCAUUCCGCUCCCCGUGUCCUGGGUGUUGGUCAGCUGCUUGAAUCGGCGCUGCAUGUAGCUGGCCAGGUUGCAGGGUCAUCCGUUUCUACCUCCCCCCUCCCAUACGGCACAAUGACUAGUCAAUGUGAGGCCCUGGGAUCGGGCACCAGGAAGAAGCUAUCAAGCUGGCUCGUGAAUGGCCACAGCUCGACUCCAGACAAUCCUGUGCCAAGCCUUCCCGCUGCCGAUCAUUUCAUCCUUCCUAAGGUAAAUUCCUGUGGCUUCGAGAUCAACCGCACGUUAUCGGAGCCGUGCUCCAUGGUGAAGCUUCCACCGGCCAGCCCAUUCGACAACUUCCUGAAGGCAGCUUAUCGCACCCCGCAGGAGAUGUGAUUACCCUUGCGGAUCACAGCUAGCCGUCGGAAGAAGUGCUAGACUGUAGUAUCUAAGCACCGAACACUAGUUUGUGUUAAUGACUUGGCCUCCUGGCUGCGAGUAACGUGGUAUCAGUUGUUGUAGCGUAUGUAUGACCACGUGUAUCUAUCUAUGUACUAAAACGGUUGUAGCGUGUGUGAUCAUGUGCAUCGCAGUACUAGACGACUGCAACCUAGCGUGUCGUGUCUGUUGUCUGUAGCGAGAAGACUUGUGAUCGAGACUAAUGCCAUGAUCUGGGCAUCUCUCCA